AUGGCUCCUACUGAAGUUAGCUCCAUGCACAAGCCACUGCUGCAAAGGUUCGAAUCUACCACACACGAACCUACCACAGUGACCAUAGAAUGCGGUUGCGAGAACACUGAAAAAGAAAAAAUUGGGACAGAAGAGAGUGAUUCAGAAAGUCAUGAAAAAACGGUGCACAACCCAGGGAAAGGGACUGAUCCGAAAACGAAUGCACAAGGGAAAGAAAACAGCAUACUUGAGGAUAAUACUCAAAUUGAAAACACUACUUGUACCUGCGAAGGUGUAUUUGAAGAAGUGACAGAAGAAAGCAGUUCAGAAGAACAAGAAAAAACGCCACACAAUCCAGGGUUAGGUAGUGGUCCACAAACAAAUGCAGAAGGGAAAGAAAACGAUACACUUGAGGUUAAUACUCAAAAUGAAAACACUACUUGUACCUGCGAAGGUGUCACUGAAGAAGUGACAGAAGAGAGCGGUUCAGAAGAACUAGAAAAAACUCCACACAAUCCAGGGUUAGGUAGCGGUCCGCAAACAAAUGCAGAAGGGAAAGAAAACGGUACACUUGAGGAUAAUACUCAAAUCGAAAACACUCCUUGUACUUGCGAAGGUGGCAUUGAAGAAGUGACAAAAGAGAGCGAUUCAGAAAAACAAGAAAAAACGACACACAAUCCUGGGUUAGGUAGCGGCCCACAAACAAAUGCAAAAGAAAGCAGAACACCUCAGGAGAAUGCUCUAACUGGAAACACUUCUUAUAGCUGUGAAAAUGACAUUGAAGAGGUGACAGAAAAGGAAAAGAAAAAGAAAGAAAAGAACACCAAAGACGAAAGCGAGAAAAGGAAAACCAACAACCCUUAG